UCGCUUUUCGAGAUCCCGUUCGAAAAGCGACCUUGAGGAACAUCCGCAAAAAUGGCUGACCACGAAUACAACGCCGAGGAGGCUGCCGGUACGUUAUCAUUGAGAACCUUUCCUGAUGCCCGUGGUUUAAGCGACACUUGUUGGAGUCUUGUCUUGAUGGAAACUGGAAUGGAACGACAUUUUGUGACGGAGUUUUGAUGGUUUAUGAGGGGCCGACAUGUCGCGAUUGAAGGGGCCACGCAGACCAGGGACAAGAAUCAGACGCCUCAAGAGAAAGAGAACCUUCAGAAAGUUUACCUACCGUGGUAUUGACCUCGACCAGCUCCUCGACCUCUCCUCUGAACAGCUCCGUGAUGUCGUGCACGCCCGCGCUCGCCGUAGGUUCAACCGCGGCUUGAAGCGCAAGCCUAUGGGCCUCAUCAAGAAGCUCCGUAAGGCUAAGCAGGAGGCCAAGCCCAACGAGAAGCCCGACCUCGUCAAGACCCACCUCCGUGACAUGAUCAUUGUCCCCGAGAUGAUCGGCUCCGUCAUUGGUAUCUACUCCGGAAAGGAGUUCAACCAGAUUGAGGUCAAGCCCGAGAUGGUUGGCCACUACCUUGCCGAAUUCUCCAUCUCAUACAAGCCCGUCAAGCACGGUCGUCCCGGUAUCGGUGCCACCCACUCUUCCCGUUUCAUUCCCCUCAAAUAAACGAACAAAGGCUUUUGGAGUGUUGCGUGGAGUACCGGUCAGGCGGAUUCAGGGAGGAAAAAUGGAUGGAAUCCAUAUUCAUAUCUUUGGGUUCAUCAACUUGUAUGUCAAGUGCGGGUCAGCUGUUUCAAUCUCAAUAUAAAGAUCUUGUCGGCAUGAAACAAAAAAAACAA